AUGAUUCCGAUGGGACAAAGGUCACGCUCGCGCUCUCCACGUCGACAGACGACUACCCUUGAAAUUGCCCGAUUGGUCAUCCUCCGUGAACAGGCUCGCCUGGGCAAGGAUUGGGGCCAGGCUGACCUAUUGCGCACUCAGCUCCAAGACGCAGGAGUGCAGCUGUUUGACAAGACGAAUCAGUGGAAGUGCUCAGACGGAGUUACAGGGCGUAUUCCUAGCUUCGACGAAAUCGAAGCGGGCAUUGACGCUUCGGCUCUGCUUUCACCUGUUGAGACACCACUGCCAGCGCAAGAUGGUGAUGCUCUCGUGGAAGACAUCAAGCAGCUCAUCCAAAAUCGAGAGAUGGCACGGGGAAACAAGGACUUUGACCAAGCAGACAAGAUCAGGGCAGAUCUUCAGGAGCUCGGUGUUGAGCUGCUAGACAAAGAGAAGCUUUGGAAGUGUCCCAGCAGGGGGCUGCAAGGCAUCAUCACUGGCUUCCGCGCGCAUGAGCUGAGUGACGUGGAGGUCACGACUCUGGUCCUACAAAGAGAGAAGGCCAGGAUGGGCAACGACUAUGAGCUUUCGGACAUGAUUCGAGAUGAGCUCAAGAAUCGUGGGGUGACCAUCGAUGACAAAAGAAAAACAUGGUCUUGCUCGGAUGGCCGCUCUGGAGCAGUGCCGAGCUGGGGUUCACUCACAGGAGGCGGUGAGGCAGCUCCUGGCCCCGCUGCGCAGCAGAAUCGCCCGCUGGCAGCAGCGAUUCCUGCGAUUCCUGCAGCCCGGCUGGCCGUCCCUACAGUGGAGGAGGAGUUGGUCUCGCUGGCGGUCGCAGCAGCGAGAAAUCCGGACACCGCUGCAAGAGCUUUGCAGGCCUUGCGCCAGGUUUUUGCCGGAACUGCAACCCCAGCUCGGCCCAUACCUGCAGGGCGACCUCACGUGUCGCAAGCACCAAUAGGCAGUCAUGGCCUGAUAGCACCGCCGCAAAGGAAGCCGGAGAUGCAGCAGGCCAUGCAGCUUAUCAAGCGAAACAGGGACGGGAUAAUGUUAGCGGACCACGAGAUCGAAGGGCUCGUCGCCACACGAGAGCGCUUGCGUAUGGCCAAGGAUUAUGCGAGCUCAGAUGAGCUUCGAAAGGAGCUGCAGUCCAUUGGUAUUGAGCUGCUGGAGAAAGAGAAGAAGUGGACCUGCGCGGAUGGACGUCAAGGAGCGAUUCCACUCUGGAGCAACAUCGGCAUGGGCAUGUAA